CCCUGCUGAUCGCCAUCAGCACUGCCGUGGACAGGAUCAUCGCCCACUUCAGCACCGCCCGGAACCUGGUGCAGAAGGCCCAGCUGGGAGACAGUCGGCUCAGCCCAGAUGUGGGUCACCUGCUGCUGCACACCCUCUGCCCUGCGCUCUACGCCUUGGUGGAGGAUGGGCUGAAGCCAUUCCAGAAGGAUGUUAUCACAGGCCAGAGGAGAAAUUCUCCCUGGAGCGUGGUGGAAGCCUCUGUGAAAACAGGCCCCAACACCCGCUCUCUCCACAACCUAUGCUGGCACGUGGCUGGGUUGGCCCCUCUCAGCAGCACCAGGCAGAAGUUUCAUGCCUUUAUCCUCGGCCUUUUGAACAUUAAGCAGCUGGAGCUGUGGAUCUCUCACCUACAGAAGAGCCCAGGUGUCAUCUCCAUGCUGUAUUCACCCAUGGCCUUCUUCGCCCUGAGCCAAGGCCCUCUUCCCCACCUCGCUGAUGAACUGCUGCUGCUCAUCCAGCCCCUCUCAGUGCUGACUUUCCACCUUGACCUCCUCUUUGAACACCACCACCUCUCCAUGGACGUAAGACCCUUGUCCCGUCGGCUGGAGUCACCCCUCUCCCCUGCCCGUCAGGCCACUCAGGCUCGGGGGGCCAUGCAGCCUUCUCUGGAGAGCCAAAGCAGUGCUGCUGGGACAAGCCUGGAAGAUGAAAUCCCCCCUGAUGCCCUGGGGCGGGCAGCGGGUGCAGAGGACACCCAAGGAUCCCAGUCCCAAGCAGCUCUGCACGGGCUGGGUCCUGGUCCCCAGGUGGGGGCUGCCUUGCAGGAGACCUUCCAGCACGUGCUGCGGUGGGGUGACCAGCUCAGUCGCACUUUCCUGGGAGGUGACAGCUCCCCGGAGAGCCAGAGGCCCAGGGCAGGCCCUCAGGAUGCUGGGGCUGGCCUCAGUGGCUGGUGGGGCCAGCUGAGCCAGGCUUCCAGGAUUUAUGCUGCUCCUAGUAAGGAAAAGGUCCCCUUCAUCUGGUGGACAAAGCUGCGGUCGGCUGCGGCUGAUUCCAGCCCCGGCCAGGCUGAACGACCCCACGUAUCCAUCAGUGAGCCUAGAGGCACGGAGCUGCAGCUCCUUCAGACCAAAGCUGUCCCUGAACAUUCUAGCCCAACGCCCGGCAGCAGCACUGACACCUCUGGGACCUCUUCACCUGAAGACCUCAUCCUGCCUGCUGGAGCUGGAGCACCCACCAAGCCAGAUGAUCCCACUGCUGGAGAGAAACUCCUGGCUGCUUCUCCAGAGCCUCGUGCGAAUAGGAACCGGGCAGCCCCUUCUGACCCAGAGGCUGGGGGUCCUCCUGCUAGGUCCAGGAGACCCUCAAGCUGGCUGUCCCCCAGCACACGUGUCCUGGCCGUGGUGGUGAAGGGGCUGGUGUCUGAGAAGACCUGUGAUCAAGAACAGCCCAAGAGGAACAUGCCUGAUGCACCCCAGACCCACAGGGCAGUUCGGGCACUGUGUGACCACACAGGCGCUGGUGAUGGUCACCUGAGCUUCCAAAAAGGGGACAUCCUGCAGCUGCUCUCCACUGUGGAUGAAGACUGGAUCCGCUGCUGCCAUGGAAACAGCACUGGCCUAGUUCCUGUUGGCUACACAUCCCUCAUUUUGUGA